CGGUCAGUGCGCGCGCGUCCUGCGCUGCCUUCCCGGGCGCGUGUCAGAGACCUGCGCAUUACUCCUUGCCGAAAGAAUUUACAGAAAUCUGCAGCCAUGCCAUCAGAUCUUGCUAAGAAGAAAGCUGCCAAGAAGAAGGAGGCUGCUAAAGCUCGACAGCGUGCAAAAAAGCCUGACGAGGUGAACGGAGAUGGAGAGCUUCAAGAUGGCCCAGCGAAUGAUGCUGAAACUAAUGGAGAGGUGAAUGGAGAUGUUGCUGCUUUGUCCAAGGAGCUGGAUGAGUUUGAGAUGCGUAAGAUAGAGGCACGGGCAGUAACAGGUGUUUUGGCCUCCCACCCCAACAGCACAGAUGUUCACAUCAGCAGUCUGUCUCUCACCUUUCAUGGACAAGAGUUACUGAGUGACACGAGCCUGGAGCUCAACUCUGGCAGGCGUUAUGGCCUCAUUGGCCUUAAUGGCACAGGUAAGUCAAUGCUGCUGUCUGCCAUUGGCCACCGAGAAGUUCCCAUCCCAGAACACAUAGACAUUUUCCAUCUGACACGUGAGAUGGCCCCGAGUGAGAAGACAGCGCUGCAGUGUGUAAUGGAGGUUGAUGAAGAGAGGAUAAAGCUAGAGAAGGAGGCUGAGCGACUGGCUCAUGAGGACUCAGAGUGUGAGAAGCUGAUGGAGAUCUAUGAGCGUUUAGAGGAGUUGGACGCAGAUAAAGCUGAAGUUCGAGCUUCACGAAUCCUCUUUGGACUCGGUUUUGCCCCUGAUAUGCAGCGAAAAAAACUGAAAGACUUCAGUGGAGGCUGGAGAAUGCGUGUGUCACUUGCCAGAGCGCUUUUCAUAAAGCCCUUCAUGCUGUUGUUAGAUGAACCUACUAACCACCUGGAUCUGGAUGCCUGUGUGUGGCUAGAAGAAGAACUUAAGUCUUUUAAGCGAAUUCUUGUACUCAUCUCACAUUCUCAAGACUUUCUCAAUGGUGUGUGCACAAACAUCCUUCAUCUCCACCAGAGGAAGCUCAAGUACUACACUGGGAACUAUGACCAGUAUGUAAAGACCAGGGAGGAGCUGGAGGAAAACCAGAUGAAGCGGUACAACUGGGAGCAGGACCAGAUAGCUCACAUGAAGAACUAUAUUGCCCGUUUUGGUCAUGGUUCUGCAAAACUAGCCCGCCAAGCUCAAAGCAAAGAAAAAACACUGCAGAAAAUGGUAGCCUCUGGCCUAACAGCUCGAGUGAUGAAUGAUAAGACUUUGUCAUUUUAUUUUCCUCCUUGUGGGACAAUUCCUCCUCCUGUUAUCAUGGUGCAGAAUGUCAGCUUCAGAUACUCCAGUGACACACAAAUUAUUUAUAAGAACUUGGAGUUUGGCAUUGACCUGGACACACGGGUUGCACUUGUGGGUCCCAAUGGGGCAGGGAAAUCCACACUUCUCAAGCUGCUGAUGGGAGAGCUGCUCCCUACAGAUGGAAUGAUAAGGAAACACUCACAUGUCAAGAUUGGCAGGUAUCACCAGCAUCUGACUGAGCAGCUGGAGCUCGAUCUGUCUCCUCUGGAGUACAUGAUGAAGUGCUUCCCAGAAAUCAAAGAGAAGGAGGAGAUGAGGAAGAUCAUUGGACGUUAUGGCCUGACAGGGAAGCAGCAGGUCAGUCCCAUCAGGAACUUAUCUGAUGGCCAGAAGUGUCGGGUGUGUUUCGCCUGGCUAGCAUGGCAGAAUCCACACAUGCUGUUUCUGGAUGAGCCAACCAAUCAUCUGGACAUAGAGACUAUUGAUGCUCUGGCUGAGGCCAUCAAUGAGUUUGAAGGAGGAAUGAUGCUGGUUAGUCACGACUUCAGACUUAUUCAGCAGGUGGCACAGGAAAUUUGGGUCUGUGAAAAGCAAACCAUCACCAAGUGGAAAGGGGACAUUUUAGCUUACAAAGAGCACUUAAAAUCAAAAAUUGACAAACAGACUCAUGAUAUAUAAAGACUGGACAAUGUUAUUUACCAAGGACUGACUUCCCUCCUGUUUCCCAAAGGUGCUUGACCGAAGGAAUAUUGAGAACUCUCAAGAGCAAUCGUUCUCUGGUUAUAUCUUCUAAUGCACUCCUCAGAUUUCCCAGCAUCAGAACGUCUGUUUUAUUCAAUAUUGUAAAGGCAAUAAUGGUUAAUUGAAAAAAAUGGAGAACAUCACAGUAACAUCAACAUUAUCAUUCAGGAAAAAACUCUGAAUAUGCCACGUCAACCCUUAACAUCACCAUCCCGACAAUGAAUGGAAACAUAAAAUAUGUUUAAACUGAACAGUGUGAUCUAAACUUCAGUAAUGCAUUCAUGUGAAUAUAUACUUCCACAUUCCUGUUACUUCCUCAUUGUUUUAAUGCAAGAUGAGCUGGGGUAUUUAUUUAGGUGAAACCGGUCUAGGAAAAAGUCAUGUCACACUUUGCAUAAAUCUAUAAAAAUAAUUUUUCACUUCUCUUUCCUUUGACUUAUUACCUGCUUUAUCAGAGCUCAUCACAGCGGAAUGAACCGCCAUUUACUCUGGCAGUUGUUUUACACAUGGGAUGCUUUUCCAGUCGCAACCCAGCACUGAGUACAACCUCCAGUGAUGGGAAACACCCACACACUCACCUAUUCACAUUCUAUGGACAAUUUAGUUGAUCAAGUUCACCUAUAUCACAUGUCUUUGGACUGUAGAGGAAAACACUCUGAGGAAACCCACAUAAACAUGCGGGAAACAUGCGCACUUCACACAGAAAGGCCUCCUGGCCCAGCUGGUUCUCGAGCCAGAGGCCUUCUUGCUGUGAGGUGACAGUGCUAACCCCUUAAUCACCAUGCCGCCCAUAAAGAGAAUCUUAUUGUAGCAGUGUAAUGAGGAAUGAGGAAUCUAUAUGGUUUCUUAAUAUUUUGUAAUGUAGCCAACGUCAAACACAAAACCAGACUCGUUUCACAAUGAGAUACAUUUAUCAUAUCUAGUGAGAAGCAGCUCUCUUUCUCAAAAAAUACCCAGUCAUACAGUUUUCCGUUGUUAGGAAAUGUUGCAACUGAUACAGUGUCUAAGUAUGUAUUUCUAACUUAGCUAUACUUUAGGAUAAAAACUUAUUUACUAAUGUGACAAGAGCCUCUAUAAGAGAUCUUGUCCCCCAUUUAGAAAGGGAAACACAUGUGUGUGCAAUGUCAAAACCACCAGUCUUGUGGUUGCGCAUCUGCAUCUGUCCAGAGCACUCAGUCUGUUUUCGUUGUAUUAUUAAUAAUUAGUUUAUCCUCUGAAAAAAACUGAGUAUCAUGUUUGAUCACAAGGGUAAAUGUCAUAUGUCAUUCUCUUCCACCUACACUCUUAAACAACACAUACCCUUUCUAAAGCUUUUAGACUGCAGGUAUGUGUUGGGUUUCAAUGAGAUGACGAAUUAUCAAGCAUGUAAAAAAAAAAAAACAACUACGCCCUUGCUUUCACAACUAUAAGAUUUCAUCUUUACUGACAGCAAGAUAAACAUUGCUUCCUCGUUGAAGUCGCAGAUACUUCUAAACUUUUCUGUGCAGUGCUCCAUCUUUUUGCGAUGAAGGAAACCAAAAACUCUGCAGUCAAAUUCCUCCUAAUUCUCAUCAUUGUACAAGGAGCCAUGGGCCGUGCGAUUGAUUCAUUGGAACAGUCUUCAGGGGACAUCAGUUGGUCAGGAUCUGGGGAAGGAGCCCAAGGCCUAGAUCAAGUGAAAUCAGUCAUCAUAGGACCUGAAUUAAUGCAGGAACAAAAUGAAAUCCCGGACUACUGAUUGAAGAAGACACUGCCUGCCCAACAUUAAGAUUCUUCAAAAUAAUUCAUUGAAAUUACAGUUUCUAAGAGAUGACAUAAAUAUAUCUAAUUUGAUUCUACCCUUAAUGAGUAAAUGCAAAAUUAAAGCUAACAUUUUAAAGUGUUUGAGAUUAGAUAUUGACUUAUAUUGUCUGAUCGCUUCAAUAAAAGGCAGUCAAAUAAUGA